AUGCAAGAAUUACACGAGGGAUGUACACUGGAUGAUGGUAGGUUUGUUGCUGAUGGAGAAGCAUUGAAUUCUUCUAAUCCUUGUGAACAUUGCUACUGUAUGAAGAAUGAGAUGCUUUGUGUAAUUCAGGAAUGUCAAGCACCCAGUCAGCAUUGUAUUCCAUUUCCAACCAAGCCUGAUCAAUGUUGUCCUGAACAAUAUGAUUGUAAUGAAGAUCCUUCAACCGACAUUUUUAAGGAGUUACUUUCCACACCAAAACUUCAGUUUUCUUCAAUUUUUGAUUCUUCCACCGAAGCAACACAUUCAACAUUGCAAGAAGCAAUAAAAGGACUGCCAAAGAAGGACAUUUUAGACGAAAACUCUGAUUUCAAUGAAGAAUUGAGUUUUAAAAAGACAUCAACAAAUGUCAGUCCCGAGACAUCUGUAUCGGAAAUAAAACCAACCGAGGAUAUUAGAGAAUCUUCCAAAGAGACAACCUUUGUACCUUUUGAAAAAAUAAACAAUCAAUUUUCUGUGAAAGGAAAAAAACCAACGACAACUAAAAAUCCUCAACUGAAUGAUGGAAAUUUAUUGAAAGAUCAUCCAACAGAGAUUGAUGCCUCAAACAGCUAUAAUGUGGAAAACAAAAUUACACAUUUUAAUGUGAAAGGAAAAAGGCCUGUGUUAGGGAAGCCAAUUUUUCAAAAUGGAAUACCAGGAGAAAAGCCCGUGGAUAGGAUUCCUGGAGAAGUUGUUUAUUCCUGUGAGUUGUUUAUUCCUGUUUUAUUAAGUGUCACCGAAAUUAAGCAUGUUCCUAUUUCAGAGCCAGUUACUGAUCUUUCUUCAACUAGUGAUAAUUUAACAACAACAACAGAAACUCCGAUUGUUAAAGUUACUGAAUCUUCAUCAGCUACUACUGAAACUUCAAUAGCAUUCAGUGAUUCUUUUGUAUCUACUACGAUCUUGGUUAAACAUACUGAGCCUUCAGUAAUUCAAACAGAGCCCUUAGUUACAGAUACUGAGCCGUUAGUUACAGAUACUGAGCCCUCAGUUCCACAUACUGAGCCUUUAUACGUGUUCAAAGUACACUCUUCUGUUGCUCCUUCUACUCAGUCAACAGCUAGUGAACUUUUCGAAACAUCCAGUAAAGACUCUUUUGUUGAAACUACAGUUUUACUAAAGAAACAAUCUCCCGAGUUAUCAGCUGAGUCUUCAGAUACAGUUCAUAAAACUUCAGAUGCAUUUUCCGUGCCUACCGAUGCAUCUACAGAGCCCUUAGAUACUGUUUAUAAAUCUUCAGAUGCAUUUGCUGCGUCAACCAAAACAUCUACAGAAACAACAGAUACGGUUUAUAAAGCUUCAGAUGCAUUUGCUGUGUCCACCGAUGCAUCUACAGAGCCUCCAGCUACAAUUUAUAGAUCUUCAGAUGCAUUUUCUUUGUCUAUCGAUACAUCUACAGAGCCUUCAGUGACAGUUUAUAAAUCUUCAGAUGCAUUUACUGUGUCUACCGAUACAUCUACAGAGCCGACAGAUGCAGUUUAUGAAUCUUCAGAUGCAUUUGUUGAAUCUUCCGAUGACUCUACCAAGCGGCCAGAUGCAUAUACCGAGGAUUCAGUUGCAACUACGAAGAUUUCAGUUUCGUCAGGUAUAUUUUUAGCUGAAUCAACCGAAACGCUUGUGUCAUCUACUAAACGUUCAGAUGCUUCUACCAAGCAUGCAGUUACUGAGUCUUCAUUUCCUUCAUUUAUAUUAGCCGAAACUUCCAAUAUAUCUGGCAUAUCCAUAGUUGAAACAUCCGCAUCACUUACUGAAACAUCUUAUCCACUUACGAAAAGUCCAGUUACAUCUACAUUUCCAGUUUAUCCUUUAAAUGCCGAUACAUUCAACAAGACUCCAGAACCUUCAGCUGCUUCAUCUGUGCCUUCAGUUAAAUUUGCUGAAAAUUCAGUUACAUCUACUAUACCUUCUUCCACCGAGACUUCAGUUGCAUCUACUGAAUCUAAUUUGUCAUCGACAGAUACUUCUAUCCAUGUUUUCAACGCAACAUUUGGUGAAAGUUUGCCGGUACCAUCAUCAACUAACCAUGCACCUUGCAAUCUAAUUUCAACCGAAACAAACACUUACGAUGAAUAUAAAUUAGAUAGCGAGUACAGCUUUUCUUCUGUGAAAGUUCCAAUUUUUUCAUCAACUAAGGAAAAUGAUUACACUGAAAACAAAGAUGAAGAUAAAUUAGAUAGCGAGUACAGCUUUACUUCUGUAAAGGUUCCAAUUUUUUCAUCUACUGAAGAAAAUGAUUACACUGUAAACAAAGAUGAAGAUAAAUUAGUUAACGAAUACAGCUUUACUCCUGUAAAGGUUCCAAUUUUUUCAUCAACUGAAGAAAAUGAUUACACUGAAAACAAAGGUAAGCAAUUUUUUUUAAUAAAAUCACAACGAUGAAUUCUUCGUCAAAAUAUCCUGUCAGGAAGGAAACUUACAUACACAUUAUGAAAAAAAUGAACAUUUCAAUAGGGAGAAAAAACAAAACCGUUAUUAAAUUUUGAGGAAUCAUUAUUGAAGUCAAUCAUAGGGAAGAUAAGAAAAAAACCUGUAACUGAGGCAGUGAUUGAGUUAAACAGUUGUUGCAAAAGACGCUUCUUUAAGUUGCAUUCAGUGCUAAAUCGUUUGAGUUAUAAUUUAUACA